AUGAGCAAACAGUGCGUCGCAUUAUGCGAGAAGUCGGUGAACGUCGGAAAGACCGACUGCAUGGCGGUGAAAAACCGGAAACGGAGUAGGAAAGUUCCUGUGAAGGACAAAGAGGUGAAAAGGAAAGACUUCAUGUUCCUCACACCAUUAGUCUUCAAAAUCCACCACUUCAUUUCCAUAAGGUUUUGCAUUCAAGAACGAAAACUGGGAGAAUUANCCUUCGAGGGAUGGAAUGGAACGUACCCUGCCCCAGCACGGGGGAUAGUCAAGUUCCGCUGCGAACAUCCAAAAGGAUUCUCAGAUGGAGCUCUUCUUCACACGGCUGAAUGCGCCCCUUUGAAUCCGGAUUCUUGGUGCAUCUCUUUCCGGGAAGGUGCAGUACAAUGUGAGAAAGUGCAUAUUUAUCCAGAAUGUCGUCUGACGAAAAGAGGCAAGGAAUAUGUUGGAAAAGUGAGUGUGACGGAAUCAGGAUGGAAAUGUCUCAAAUGGAGAGACUAUCCCUAUAAAGCAGGGAGUGACUACCCGGGCGGCAUCCAGAAUGUCGUCUGA